AUGUUUCAAAAAGGUCGUGAAGAAAUUGAAGAAAAGCAGGCAAUUCAAUGUUUGCGAAUGCUCACAGAUGCUGUUGAACGAAACCCUCAAAACAGCGUAUUUGGUCCACUUCCGUCGGAAUUAGAAUUAAUGACGAUCAUUGUGUACGAUUUUCUUGGAGAAAACUCAACUAAAGCCGGAUUGUGGGCAUAUGGAUACACAAAAUAUCCUGAAUCUCCAAAUCUUGACAGAAUGUUCGCGGACUACGAGGAACUUCUGCAAGAAAUAAGAGCUUUGAGGUUCUAUGACAAAGACAAGCCUCUGUCCACUUCAGAUGCCAUCAAAAUCAUUAAUUCGCUGAAAUUUGAGGAAAAUCAAGCAAACUGCUUGGUAUUAUUUGCGGCACCGCAAGAUACAAAACCUCUGCCAAUUUUGGACCCAUACUCUAAUAUAAAACGAAUUGUCGUUGUUGGAUUUAAUGAUACUGAGUUACAAUAUGCUGCGGGUGAGAGAGGAGUGGCCGUUAGUGUUCCAUACCACUAUGUGGAUGACGAUAUCUUUAACGUUUUGGACGCCAUAAAUGGAAGGUAAGA